AUUCUUUAGAGUUCUUCUGCAUCUCCUUACAACUAAACAUCGAUUAGUUUUAUUAUUUGAUUUUGUUGUUUUUAAUUAAUAAUUAUUGUGUUUAACUCAAGUGAAAAUGAAUUUCAUGGGAGGUGGACAGAGAGCUGUCAAAAAUAUCAAAAAAGAUGAGAACCAAAAUGCUGAAAAGGAUCAAAUAUACAGUUACAUUCAAAAGAAAAUCAACGAGAAAAUUACUCUUGAUUCUCAUGGCCAAAGUCUUUUUAAGGCUAAUGAUGCAAAUAUUGUCCAGGAAAGCCAGGACUUCAUAAAAGCUAAUAUUAUCGAUAAACUUUGUGCAGAGAAAACUGAUGAACCCAAAUGGAUUCGCCAUGUUUUUAUUGAAAAUCCUCAAAUUAUCGCAAAGAAGGAAAUAAAACGAGAGAAUCCCAAAUUCAAACAGAAGUCGAAUGUCAAGCAAAGUUGGUCCAACAAGAAAACCAGAACCAGAAUAAUCAGUCCAUUAGUCAGAAAAUGCCCAGUUAGAGAUGAGCGUCAAUCACUAACUGAAGAGUGGAUAAAGAAAGUACCGCCUGUAAAAGGUGCAAGAAGCUAUACACGAAUUUAUGUUUAAUUUCAGUGAAAUUCAAAGCCCAUCAUUUUUAUUAUUCAUCAAAAUAUUUCUCCAAUUAGAGACCUAAUAUUUUUAGCUUAUUAUUAUCAAAUUAUGUAAAAUCAAGUAUAAAUUCUUGGAUUUUUACAAAUUAUUACAUUUUAAGAAAAAUCUUACAGUCAAAAUUACCGGCUAACAUAUUUUAUCUUUUGUUUACGAAUCCGAAUCCGAAUAUAUCAAACAAUCAAAAUGAUUUCCAAUAAAUAAUUAUUACAAUCUAA